UCGCCCGUGAGGCGGAGCGAGCGGGGCAUGAGCCUGUCGGCCGGCGCCGGCGGCUCCUCGCUCUGGCCCGCUCCUGCCCGCCCGGGGCCGCCGCCAUGUCCGUCACCAUGGAGCGGGAGUUCGAGGAGGUGGAUGCCGCCAACCGCUGGCACCCCGUCUACUUGGAAAUUCGGAAUCAGUCCCAUGACUAUCCUCACAGAGUGGCAAAAUCUUUAGAAAACAGAAAUCGAAACAGAUACAGAGAUGUCAGUCCAUAUGACCAUAGUCGUGUUAAACUGCAAAAUACAGAAAAUGAUUAUAUCAAUGCCAGCUUCGUUGUCAUAGAAGAGGCACAGAGAAACUACAUCUUAACACAGGGCCCACUUCCCAAUACAUGCUGUCAUUUUUGGCUAAUGGUAUGGCAACAAAAAACCAGAGCAGUUGUGAUGCUAAACCGAAUUGUUGAAAAAGAAUCGAUAAAAUGUGAACAAUACUGGCCAACGAAAGAAGACCAAAUGAUGCUGUUUAAAGAAACGGGAUUCUGUGUGAGACUUGUAUCAGAAGAUGUCAAAUCCUAUUAUACAGUACAUCUACUACAGUUAGAAAAUAUCAGUAGCGGUGAGACUAGAACAAUAUCUCACUUCCAUUAUACUACGUGGCCAGAUUUUGGAGUUCCCGAAUCACCAGCGUCGUUCCUUAACUUCUUGUUUAAAGUUAGAGAGUCUGGCUCUUUGAAUGCUGAACAUGGACCGGCAGUUAUUCAUUGUAGUGCAGGAAUUGGGCGAUCUGGGACAUUUUCAUUGGUAGACACAUGUCUUGUUCUGAUGGAAAAAAGAGAAGACCCUUUUUCAGUUAACAUUAAACAAGUAUUAUUGAAUAUGAGAAAAUAUCGAAUGGGACUUAUUCAGACUCCGGAUCAGCUAAGAUUCUCGUAUAUGGCUGUGAUAGAAGGAGCAAAGUUUAUAAUGGGGGAUUCAACUAUACAGAAACGGUGGAAAGAGCUUUCUAAAGAAGACCAGGCCCCUAGUAAUGAACUCUCUCCACCCCAUGCAAACAGAAUCAUUACUGACAAGUUCAACGGGAAUAGGGUGGGUUUAGAAGAAGAGGAAGCAGCAGGCGACAAAAUGACUAAGACGGAAAUCUCCAUUAAAACGCAUGAUUCUGUGGAAGGAAACACUGAAAGCGCUGUCCGGAAGCGGCUGCGGGAAGACAGAAAAGCUAAUACGGCACAGAAGGUGCAACAGAUGAAACAGAGGCUAAGUGAGACUGAAAGAAAAAGAAAAAGGUGGUUAUAUUGGAAACCUAUUCUCACUAAGCUGGGGUUCGGGACAAUCAUUUUGGUUGGAGCUUUUGCUUGCUGGAAACUGUGUAUUCAGGACCAUUCCUUAAUUUCAGUGAAAUUAUCCUGUGCUAUUGAGCAGUGAAGCUCACUAAAAGACCAGUAUAUUGCCCCAAGCUGAGGGAGAGGCAAAGAAGCAGCAUUCAGCUUCUCUGUAGUGUUGUUGAGAUUUUCAUCCUGACAGUGUCCCUUUAAAUGUGAUCGUUGAAAACAGUCUUUGGUCCCCAAAAGCACAUUGUUUAAUGGAAACUGUCUUGAGAUUUAGCUACCACUUAAGUGCUAACCUUGUUAAAGUUCCAACAUUCCAUUAAAUGUUUACCAUGUUGCCUGUAUUUUGUCAAGUAUAAGUUUAUGCCACAAUUAUUUAAGGUCUACCAACAAGGAGCGUAGUUAGUAUAGACAAGAAUCUCAACAUGUUUUCGGUUAACAUUCCUGAAUAAAGUGCUUUAAAUUACACUGAAAGUAUUUAAUACAGGUUGUGGGUGGUAUUACUUCUACUUAUUAAAUAAGUUUUUUUGUAAA